AAUUGUGAAAUCUCCUUCAUACAGGAUGUUACCAAGCUGACGCCUCUGUCACCAGAAGUCAUCAGCAGACAAGCCACAAUUAAUAUAGGUACAAUUGGCCACGUAGCCCAUGGAAAGUCGACAGUAGUCAAAGCUAUAUCUGGAGUUCAUACUGUCAGAUUUAAAAAUGAACUGGAAAGAAAUAUCACAAUCAAGCUGGGCUAUGCUAAUGCAAAGAUUUACAAGCUGGAUGACCCGAGCUGUUCCCGACCAGAGUGUUACCGAUCCUGUGGAAGUAGCACCCCAGAUGAGUUCCCUACAGAUAUUCCUGGCACCAAAGGGAAUUUCAAACUAGUCAGGCAUGUCUCUUUUGUGGAUUGUCCAGGCCAUGAUAUUUUGAUGGCUACUAUGUUGAACGGUGCAGCAGUAAUGGAUGCAGCUUUACUGUUGAUAGCUGGCAAUGAGUCAUGUCCUCAACCCCAGACCUCAGAACAUCUAGCUGCUAUAGAAAUCAUGAAACUGAAACAUAUUUUGAUUCUGCAGAAUAAGAUUGAUUUGGUGAAAGAGAGCCAGGCCAAAGAGCAGUAUGAACAGAUUCUUGCAUUUGUACAAGGUACAGUUGCAGAAGGAGCUCCAAUAAUUCCAAUCUCAGCACAGCUGAAGUACAACAUUGAGGUAGUCUGUGAGUAUAUAGUGAAGAAAAUCCCAGUCCCUUUGCGAGACUUCACAUCCGAACCAAGGCUUAUUGUAAUUAGAUCUUUUGAUGUCAACAAGCCUGGCUGUGAAGUGGAUGACCUUAAGGGGGGAGUAGCUGGUGGCAGUAUUCUAAAGGGUGUUUUAAAGGUUGGUCAGGAAAUUGAGGUUCGGCCUGGUAUUGUUUCCAAGGACAGUGAAGGAAAACUCAUGUGUAAGCCAAUCUUUUCCAAAAUAGUGUCACUCUUUGCAGAACACAACGAUCUACAGUACGCUGCUCCAGGAGGUCUUAUAGGUGUUGGAACUAAGAUCGAUCCAACUUUGUGUCGGGCUGACCGAAUGGUAGGGCAAGUUCUUGGUGCAGUUGGAGCACUGCCUGAAAUAUUUACAGAGCUAGAAAUUUCCUAUUUCCUGCUGAGACGACUAUUAGGUGUGCGCACUGAAGGAGACAAGAAAGCUGCAAAGGUGCAAAAAUUAUCAAAGAAUGAAGUUCUAAUGGUAAACAUAGGAUCCUUAUCUACUGGAGGGAGAGUCAGUGCAGUAAAGGCUGAUUUGGGGAAGAUUGUGCUGACCAACCCAGUAUGCACAGAAGUGGGAGAAAAAAUUGCCCUGAGUCGAAGAGUUGAGAAGCACUGGCGUUUAAUUGGUUGGGGUCAAAUCAGAAGAGGAGUGACAAUCAAGCCAACUGUCGAUGAUGACUGAAAAAUGAAGAAGAGUGCUUCAUUUUUAAAGAUGAAGUGCCUAUUUCUAUCUACUUUGGAGGGGGUAUAUUUCCACAAUGGAAUCGGAAGCUGUGCAAACAUUAUCUUUGAGUUGUAUGGCUCUCCUUGUACAUCUUAUUGAAUUUUACCCUCUUACUAAAAUACUAGUCAUUAUCACCAUUAAAAGUGUAAAAGAAAUGUCGUAGAAGUGGGUUUCAUUAUCCACAUUUUAGUAGAAAUUAAUUGUACAUGUCUCAUGGCAUGUCUAAUUUAUGUGUUCUCUCAGACGUAUCUGUUUAAUAUCAGUCAAGCCGGCCCCAGUGUAACACAUAAACCAUAAAUCUGGUAUUGAAAUAAAAUAUCACUUAUUUUCAUUAAUUCCUAAAACCUUUUAGAAGACAGCAGUGAUUGCUCAACCAGUACAAGAAUUAAACAAGCAAAACCCAUCCUCUCCCGGAAGACUAGUACCCUUUCUGCACAACAUCUUGGUUUAUUUAGUCAGGUGUUUACAGCAAAAACUUUCUUCUGAAGUUUGUAUGGUUCUGACUUUGGGAUUGUGAUUGUAGUACACUUUAUAAUUAAGAUGGCAGUGUUGACUGACUUGGAUUUGUCACUUUCAAUAUUACAAGGAGCUUUGGAUAAAACCCCAAAGAAAAACCACAAACUGGAUCUGGAUUGACAGUACUUUUUUUUGAACUUACUUUAGAAUGGGUUUACAAAAAGAACAGGAUUAACUUGAAGCAUAGCUGUUUAUCUUUGUGGAACUUGUGACCAGCCUGGCAUAUUUUAAAUUAAGCUAUUGAGCAAUUAUUAGCUGUGAUCUUGAACUAUAAAAUAGCUGGAAAAGGCUGUUAAGGGAAUGAUUUUGAAGGAAAAAAUCACAAUGAGAUGAGAAAGGUAGAAAAACCACUUUUGCUUUCCUGGAUCACAUACUCCUUAGAAGAAUACAAUGUAAUAAACUUCCUGUAGGGUGCUAACCCCCAUUUUAGGUUUAACUUCUUUUCAUUUGUACCAGUAUACUUAGUUGUAGGUAUUUUAUAUAGUAGACUAUUUAGCAAGUCAUGCUGCUUCCCAUAUUUAUAUACAAAGUAUUGUGUUCAUUUUCAAAAUCUGGUUUGAGCUACUGUGGUUAGGAUGGUCAAGGGCAUUCUAAGGGUAAAUAUUGUUUCACUCAUCAAAAUGGACUUCGGUGAAGCAGAUUGGUUUUGUUAAUGAUUUCACACUGUAUUUUGUGUUGCCUUAUUCCAUCUACAUUCCUGUACUCAGUUUCUCCAUUUGUAAAGUACUUCUACCUCACACAGUGUUGGGACUAAAUGCGCUGAUUUUUGUAUAGUGCUUCUCCUUUGAAAAAGUAUCAGAUACAGUUCUUCCUGAUUCUCCUAGUACUUGACCAGAAUACAGUGAACAUGGGUGUUUCAAAGACUGCAUCUUCAAUGCUUUGGAAGCUUGUUUAUGUAACUCUGAAUUCUAAAGACUUAGAUAAACUAAAAUCUUACCUAGUCUGGUUGCGUGAGGGCACAGAAGAGAAAGUAAGCCACCACAGAGUGCCAGAACAACUCUGCCACAAAGCUGAAAUCUACUCCAAAGAGUUCUUUCUAGAUGUCCUCAAUGUGUGGGUCUAAUACUAAAGAAAUGCCAAGCCAAAACGCUUCCGAUAUAUUGGUUAAGCACCCAGAGGCAUUUUUAGGCAUCCAUGUAUUUUGGAGAUUAGACCUUAAUGUCUUGAUCUGAAACUCAAAAGAAGUGCUAUAAUCUUUUCAAAACACUUGAUGUAUUCCUUCAUUUAGGUAGGUAAUAAAUGCGAAGUACUAGUAUUGUCCUAGUGCUAGAUCAAUAGCCGUAACUACGUCAUUCCAUCUAAAUAUCCAUAGGUCAUUACUUAGCUUGGGUCUAAAAUAUGGUUUGAUACUGCUGUAGCUAAUAUCAAAUUUAUACAUAGGUAUACAUUAUCGGUAAUAAAAGAAUGCUUUAUGAAA